UUGUCAAGGUCAUUCCGUGGAUUUAAUAUUUUUUGUGUGUGUGUGUGCCGCUCGCCCCACCGCCACCGCCACCCAGCCUUGCUCUGUGGAUUAUCAUCGCUCUGGAUCCGAGGCUCUGAACAGCAGGAUUUUUUUUUGUUGUUGUUGUUGUUGAUUUUUUUUUAAUUAUUAUUGUUAUUAUUUUUUAAGAGCUCCGGGGUUUGGAGAGGGGAAGCGGUGAGUUGGAGGGGGGCGACUUUUCUCUCCCCCCACGCCCCCCCCACUCCCACCCACCCCCCCUCUCUCCUGGCCUUCUCAUUUUCAUUUUUUAAUUUUUUUUAAUUAUUAUUAUUAUUAUUUUUAAAAUUUUUUAAUUUGCUUCUUCUUCGGCGAUGGAUGGGAAAAUCCGGCAGAGCCGGAGGUCGAGGUCGCAGCGGGACCGCGUGCGGCGGCGGGAGGCGGCGGCCCGCGACCCGCGGAACCAGAGCCCGUCCUCGGGCUCCGAGAAGGAGCCGAGCCCCGGCAAGGAGAACGGCGGCCAGAACUGCACCGCCCCGCGGGGCCCGCCGCCCGCCGCCCGCGCCGCUCGGCCCCCGCGCCGCCGCCGCCGCGAGUCCAGCUCCCAGGAAGAGGACCUGAUCGAUGGCUUCGCCAUCGCCAGCUUCAACACCCUGGAAGCGCUGGAGAAGGACAUGUCACUAAAGCCUCAGGAGCGGAAGGAGAAAUGGGAGAGGCAUCCAGGCAAGAAACCUAGAGAAUCUGAAAACUGUGUAUCUGCUGAGCCAAGUGAAAAUGGCCAUAACAAUGAUGCGGGGAGCUCCGAGAGAGAGGCAGAAAGAGGCAAGGAGCGGAUGAAGAAGAAACUCCCCUUGAAGCUAUCCAAGCAGAUGAAGGUCCCUACAAGCAGAAGUGGCAGAAAUAGCGAGGAAGACAGCAUCAGGGAGGCCACAAGCUCUCAGCGGAGCAGCUCAAGGGACCGACUCAGUGAUAGUUCUGCUCAAUCGCUUUCAGGAAGAGGCUACUCCUGUGACAGCGAGAGCGAUAUUGACGAUAAGACCGCAACGGAACUGGAGCUGACUCGUAUCAGGAGUGCCUUGAUAACAAGCAAGGCUUCUGUAGGCUCUGAGAAGCUGUUCUCCCCUGCAGCAAAUAAAGGUCCCACCUUGAAUGACAAGCCAGAAGCGAAAGCAGCCAAUGUCCCAAAGGUGUCUGGGCUAGAGCGGAGCCGGGAGCUGAGCACCGACGUGCCCUUCGCCCUGCCCAUCCCCAGCCCCCAGCCAGUCGCUGCCGUCGUGACUUCGACUUCCUCAGCGCCCACGUCAAGUGCCAGAGCAAGCCCCCUGCUGAAGAAGGAGCCAGUGAUUUCAGCACCAGCACCACCCAGGCUCACGCCUCAGCCGCAGCCUCGGCCGCAGUCGCAGCCUCAGCCUCGGCCGCAGUCGCAGCCCCAGUUAAUCCCUGACCUUCGGAGCCAGCCUCCGAGCCACAUCCCUCCGCCUCUCAACUACCAAGUGCAUCACCAGGUGGCCCACAACGGACUCAAUAAUAUCAGCCGGAGCAGCAGUGCUAGCAGUGCAACGAGCAUCAGCCUCCCGAAGCACCUGCCCCUGUCUCCCCAGAUUCCACCACACCAUUCCUCCGGCCCAGCUCUGCCCCUCUCCAUCUCUAAUCUUGCUACCUCGCACUUCUCUCUCAGAUCGCAGACCCAACACCAGCACCAUCCGGCCAUGUUCGCCACCCCACCCACGCUGCCACCUCCACCAGCGUUACCCACCAACAGCCUCGUGAUACCAGGGCACCCUGCGGAUACCAGCCUGUUGAUAUCAUUCAACCAACCAAUCAUGUAUUGCCAGCCUCAUUCGGGGAUUCUGAUUGGUACUUUGUCACAGGCAUCUCUCUUACCUCCACCAAUGAGUCCUCACGUAGAAAACCACCACAGCAUGACCUGCAGAAACAGGGAAUGCCAGGUGAAUAUUGACUCUUUCUCCUCCGUCUUUGUGGUACUCACAGGCCCACGGGCCUCUGUGUCUUUUUUUUUUCUCUCUCUCUCUCCUCUAGAUCACGAACUGCUCAGGCAAGAGCUGAACAACCGGUUUUUGGUUCAGAGUUCGGACCGGGCCGCUGCCUCACUUGGCCCGGUGCCGCUGCUGAGAGCGGAGUUUCACCAGCACCAACACACGCAUCAGCACCAACACACCCACCAGCACACAUUCACUCCUUUUCCAUCCAGCUUGCCCCAGACGCCGCUCAUGCCGCCCUCUGCACCUCCCAUGGUGCGUACCCCAGCCCAAAAUUUUGACAAGUACGCUCCCAAAUUAGACAACCCUUACUUUCGACAUUCCAACUUCUUUCCAACCUAUCCUCCAGCAAUGCCUGGAAUGCCACCCAUGCUUCCACAUUCAGGUCCCUUUGGGUCACUUCAGGGAGCAUUUCAACCGAAGACUUCAAACCCUAUUGAUGUAGCAGGUAGACCAGGCACAGUCCACCAUACGCUGCUGCAGAAGACUCCAGGGGUGUCAGACCCUUAUAGGCCUCCAGUAAGAGUAAGUAAGAAACCCGGGAAGUGGUGUGCGGUUCAUGUACAGAUCGCCUGGCAGAUCUACCAUCACCAGCAAAAGAUAAAGCAAAUGCAGCUGGAUCCCCACAAGCUAGAGAUAGGUGGUAAACUUGACCUGUUCAGCAGACCUCCCGCCCCUGGAGUGUUUCCAGGCUUCCAUUAUCCACAAGAUCUUGCCAGGCCUCUGUUUUCUACCACAGGUGCGACACAUCCAGCCACCGCCCCUUUUGGUCCCUCACCUCACCACAGCAGUUUCCUGCCUACGAACCACUUGGCAGAUCCAUUUAGCAGGUCAAGCACCUUCAGCGGCCUUGGGAACUUAGGCAGCAAUGCCUUUGGAGGAUUAGGCAGUCAUGCUCUGACUCACAACAACAUUUUUACUCACAAAGAUGGCCCAAACCUGCAGAAUUUCAAUAACCCCCAUGAGCCAUGGAAUAGGCUCCACCGGACCCCGCCGUCCUUCCCAACACCUCCACAGUGGCCCAAGCCCUCGGAUUCAGAGCGGAGCUCCUCGGUGACAAACCAUGACAGGGACAGAGAGCGGGAGCGGGAGCCCGAGAAGAGGGAUCUUUCUCUGAGCAAGGACGACAGAGACAAAGAGAGGGACCUCAUGGAUAAAAACAGACAUUCGAACAGAUCCUCGCCGGCAUCAGCCCCAGUGACGCACCAGAUAAGCAAUCUCAUCCGCAGCAACAGCCAGAGCUCCAGCGAGCCCAUCAGGCAGGUCAGCCUCGGGGACAGGGAGAGGUCCAAGGAGCCCGAGCGAGAGCACCCUGACCGGCUGAGAGAGCCGCCCAUAGCUGAACACAAGAUCAAAGAGAGCCGUUCCCCAGUGAAGGAAACUCCAAGCCAUGAUAAGAGACCCUCUGAGGACAACACAAAGCCAGUAAUCCAGUCUGUAUCCCCAUACAGCAAACCUGCACUAAGUGAGAGCCUGAAGCUUACCAAUCUAAUGAGCAAGGACAUGGAGAGAAAGACAGAGCUUCCCAGCGACCUCCAGAAGAUUAAGAAUGACAUCAAAGUCAAGGAGGAGAGGAAGGAAGACAGUGAUGUGCUAGUGGUUGGGUCUGAGCCUUCCCAGCACUCCCGGUCAGUGGAGCAUCCCCCACCGCCCACUCUCCAUGGAUUAUCAUUGCCUCACUCGAUGGCUGCCUCCAUGCCCAUCUCCAUGGGCAGCGUGCACCAGAUGAACAACAUGAAUGUCCUGGACCGCAGCAGGAUGAUGACCCCGCUCAUAGGCAUGAACCCUUUGUCAGGAAGAGAGAGGCUGCCGCAUCCCGGAUUUUCCUGGGACCCGAUGAGGGACCCCUUGCGAGAUGCCUACCGGAGCUUAGACCUGCACCGUCGAAUGGACUUCCAGCUCCGGACAGAUCCUAUCCAUAGGUUUCCUACCACCUCUGGCUUUUAUGACCAUGAGCGUUCCUACAGAGACAGGGAACCACACGACUACAACCACGAGAACCUUCUGGAAGCCCGCCGAGAGCAGGAGCGGUUGCGGCAAGUGGAGGAGCGCGAGCGCUUGCACUUACGGGAAGAACUUGAGCGUGCCAGAAUGCACCACUUGCACUCGUCCCCCAUCGAAAGCCACCUGGCACACGUGCCAUCCUUCAUGCCUCAUUUGAGCGGGAUGCAUUACCCCAGACUGAGUCCAUCCACUGCCAUGCACAACGGGAUUUUGAACAGGAACCCGCCGACCGCAGCGCUGAGCGCGCCGCCGCCUCUCGUACCAGCCAGCAGCACCAGACCUGCCUCCCCUCGCAGGACUACUCCACUCACAAACUCAGAGUCCAGGGACUAUUCCCCCUCUAGGAACCCCAAAGAAGUAGAGGCACGAUAGUCCCCAACAUUGAAUUUUAAACUCACCUGUACAUAAAACAAGCAAGCAAACAAACAAGCAGACAACAACGACAACAACAAAAAAAAACACAAACAGGAAAAAAAAAAAACAACAAAAAAAAGAAAACAA